UCCUAACUAUAAGAAAAGUCACCAUAGAUAUCUUCAAAAAGUGUACCUCCAUAAUCUACGUAUGUGUGGAUACAAUCUUCACAACACUUAAUAUCCACAACUUUAUUCUUUAUCCUUUAUACUUUUACUUAAUAAAUACUGCUUAAUAACUAGACAGCAUCAAUUUGAGCAGCUCAUUGAGUCAUAGCAGAGUUUGAAAUGGCAACAGAUGGUAAAGUGGUUGAGCCUGAAUUUGUGCAUCCUAAGAAGGCCUUUGGGUGGGCAGCUAGAGAUCCUUCUGGUGUUCUCUCCCCUUUCAAUUUCUCCAGAAGGGAAACAGGUGAGAAAGAUGUAGCAUUCAAGGUGUUGUAUUGUGGGAUAUGCCACUCUGAUCUUCAUAUGGCCAGGAGUGAAUGGGGCAAUUCCAUCUAUCCACUAGUUCCUGGGCACGAGCUUGUGGGUGUAGUAACAGAGGUUGGAAGCAAAGUAGAAAAGUUUAAAGUUGGAGACAAAGUAGGUGUGGGCUACAUGGUUGAUUCAUGCCGGUCGUGCCAAAAUUGUGACGACGAUCUUGAGAAUUACUGUCCACAAUAUACAGUCACAGGUGGUGGAAAAUAUCGUGACGGUACUGUCACAUAUGGAGGUUACUCCGACUCAAUGGUGGCAGACGAACACUUUGUGAUUCGCAUUCCUGAUAGUUUACCGCUUGAUGUUGCUGGUCCUCUCCUAUGUGCCGGUAUCACCGUGUAUAGCCCUCUUAGAUAUUACGGACUUGACAAGGCUGGAAUGAAUAUAGGCGUUGUUGGUCUUGGUGGACUUGGCCACAUGGCUGUCAAAUUUGCAAAAGCUUUGGGCGCUAAUGUGACUGUAAUUAGUACAUCGCCUAACAAAGAAAAAGAAGCAAUAGAACACUUAGGAGCUAACUCAUUUCUGAUAAGCCGCGAUCCAGAUCAGAUGCGGGCUGCAAUUGAUAGUUUGGAUGGUAUUAUUGACACAGUUUCAGCUAGUCAUCCUAUCUUACCGCUGGUUAGUAUAUUGAAAUCUCAUGGAAAGCUUGUAAUGGUUGGUGGGGUAUCAAAGCCCCUAGAGCUUCCUGUAUCUUCUUUACUUAGAGGGAGAAAGUUAGUAGCUGGAAGUGUAAUUGGAGGUAUAAAAGAGACUCAAGAAAUGAUUGAUUUCGCUGCAAAACAUGAUGUGAAACCCGAGAUUGAGAUUGUUCCUAUUGAUUAUAUCAACACAGCAAUGGAGCGUCUUGUUAAAGCAGACGUGAAAUAUCGAUUCGUGAUUGAUAUUGGAAACACACUGAAACAUAGCUCUUGAACUUUGCGAGAUAUAUUUCAUGGCAUGAAGCAUUUCUAAUAAGGAUAUUUUGGAUUUUCAUCUUUAUGAAAUUGUUCUGUUAUGUAAUUUUCUAGAGUAGAAAAAAUAAACAUGUAUUCUAUGUCUUUGCACUUAUCGUUAUUCAUGCCAUUUCUAAUAAAAUUUAUGUGGGUUUUGAAGA